GUCCUGACAAAAAUUAAAACAUAAGUGAACUUUUUGUCAAUACUCCUUGACAAUUUGAUAUUGGUGAUUUGAGAUAGCAUACUCUCAUCUUGUCUAGAAAGAUAUAUCGUAACAUGAUAUAUUCAGUGUAUUUCCUUGUACAGUGCUGAUACAAAUAAAAAGACAUAUUCUCAAUAAAAGUUCAGAUGGUAAUUUACAUAAAUAUCUCCCAUGAUGCAUUGCUUUGGAAGGGAAAUUUUCAUUGGCCCCCCGAACAAGUUGAUUACUCUGAACGAAAGUCUGGAGAUUGCAAAGUCAAAGGUCAUGAUCCGCUAGUUUCAUUGGUCGAGGAUUACAUCAUAGCGUAUAGCAUCAUAUUGGCGGAAGAUUUACCGAACAAAAUUUCAACAAAUUCUGAUAAAACUAGCGUGAAUCCUGACAAAAAUGACAGUUUCUCACCCUCCGAUAUUCCACCAGCGCUCGAGCAUAGUUACAUGAUCCAAUCUAUGCAAUAAUCGGAAAGAUAAUUAGAGAUUUAAAAUUACAUUAUUUAUAUUUUUCUUCAAUGGUGUCUGAGCAAUUUUUGGGAAAUCAGUGACGUCACUGGAAUUGGACGGCAUUUCCAACUAAAGAUUUCUUCGGAUUUAGGGAUUAUAGUUCAAAAAGCCUUGUUGUAUAUCUUAAUAUCAUACAUAUCUAUCAUUUGUGCAAAUGCAACACUACAUAAAUGUGUAAUAAAGCCGUAGUGCGGCAUUGAA